AAUAACGUAUUCUAUAUCUAAUAUAUUUACCCGGUUAUGUUUUUCUCAAUUUUUGAAAUUCUCUCGCCCUUGUUUGUUCUUUCUUCCGAGCGUUCAUAGGUGCGUUUGUCGUUGUUAUUCGAAAACAUGUGAUCGAGAAUGAAGCAGCAGAGAGACGCACAAAAAUUUUAACGACCAAUUGAUUAAUCUGGCAUAUAGCGAUCGCAUCGUCUCUCUACCUAACGACUCCCAACUAACGACUCCUUUGCUGCUAUCUUAGCUAUCUGUGUUAGCAUCUAUUUAGAGAAUUAUUUUUACAUUUCGAAAUCGCUAUCAAUUGUCAUUCUUCUCAUUUUUAUCUGAAGAGUACGCUAAAUAUUGCCUAGUUAAAAGUGAAAAGCAAACAGAAUUUGUCUCUGCUCAAUCUUUUCUUUUUCUCGAUUGAUUAUAAAAACCGGUGCCUAUGUCACGCGUCUGUCAAUUUCAGAUUUCUUUUGUUUAAAACAACAGUGAGACACUCAAAAAUGUGAUGGAGUAUGGGUACUAGCACCGUCUUCCUUUUUCCUGCCAUCACUAUUCCCAAACGUUUCCCCCGUAGGGCUGCGCAUCAGCGACCGAUCGCUACGUCGUCGUCGGCCGCGGGGAAAAGAUCGAAUCUACUACACAAACGGCCGCACGCGAACGACGUCGAGACGACCGAGCUGCUAGCCAAGACUGCGCGAUUGUGGAAUCACCCCGGGAGAAUGAGUGCAAACGAGACUCUGAAUAUGUUUCAAGCAACCUCGACGUCCUGUCUCGAACUGUGCGCAUCGGGCGGACAAAGUGCGGAUGAGACGCAAGCUACAGGACUAUCAUCACCGUGUGUCCAUCCCUUGGAAGUGAAUGUAGAUUUAGUUGGUCCCGGUGGGUACGGAUCGGGCGCGAUUUAAUAUUCGCUCGCGGAAAAUUUUAAGUCAAUUUGUACUAUUUUAAUCUCAUUGUUAUUCGACUCAUUAUAGAUUUCAUUAUAUAGAUUAUUGUUAUUAAGAGGAGGACGUAUAUUAAAUUGAAUUGGUUUGUUACAAUGUUUGAGAUAUGCUUUUCUAGAAGUGAAACUGGAAAUAUCCUUGCGUUUAAAGAAAGAAAAAAGAAAGAACAACUAUUAUCCUUACUUAAUUAAUCAUUACUUCCAUCCGCUAACGCAGUUUUAAGUUUAUUUCGAAUAUUAGAACUAAAGAAAAUGAAAUCAAAGAACUCAGGGAAUUUCCGUUUGAGAAACAAAAAACUAUGGUUGUAUCAUCGCUGAAAUAAGCAAAACGUGAAUUCGAAUACACGAAUGGAAGAGAUGCGAGGAAAAGACUAAAUUUAUUUUUAUGAUUGACGAUAUAUCAGCGAGUUUAAAUUUUCAAAAAGA